AUGGACAUACGGCCUAGUGCUUGGGAUGAUGCUGUUGAUGGAGAGCUAGAAGAAAACUUGCAGCAAGAGGCAUCCGGCCUUCAUCCUGUCACUGACUCCGAUGAGGAACUGAUCUUGCUAGAUUUAGAUGCUGGUCCGGCUCAGUUGGGGCACGAUGCCGACGGUGAGUUUCAGCAGUUGGAAGACUCCGCCCCGCCUGCUUCCGUUCCAGAAGAUGUACUUGCUGACUCUUUACCUGCAGAGCAUGUCGAAGUGCCAGGGUCAUCAUGGGAUGAUGCCCUUGGGGAUGAUAGGCUGGCUUUGGGUUCCCAAAGUGAGGAUCCUGAGCCAUCACGCAGUGAUCUGCAGCAGUUGCGUGCUCGCAGCCGCGGCGGGCGUGGGCUUGUUGGUGGCCGAGCUGGUCGCAAGCCUGGAAGCCGUCUCAUGCGUCAGCACUUGGCAGACCUUGAAGAACAGGAACGGCAGCAGCAAAUGGCUGCCGUCCCUGCUGUGAGGCAGCUGGAGCGGGCUCGAGCUGCAUCUGUCGUGAAGUACCGGCACUCCGCAGAGGCAAGACGGAACCCGACGCAAUUUGGACUGUCUUCAGUGCUCUGUGAAAGAGGCAGCCCUGUGCAGCGGACACUGGCAGCUUCUUUGCAAGCCAUCGUGCAGACACCAGCUCAAUGGAAGGCAAGCCUCGAAGCCAUCUCUGACCCCGCCAGGCCAACUAAACCUUUGGAUCUGGUCCUAAACGGUGCAGGUCUCGCUUGCAGUGCAGCAGCGUUGGCCAACAUCACCGGCACACGCAAGUACCAAGCUCAGAGGAGUUUGAUACAGGCUGGGUCAGCGACGGUGGAGUCAUCAGCUUUUCUGCUGGGUAGCAUGCUCGACUCUUUGGGCAGUGAGCAGUCGCCUCUAGAGCCUUUUGUGUUGAUUGUCAAGUACAAAUAUGACGAGACGCCUACAAAAGUGCGAGUGGCCACUGUGUCUGGCUCAUGUGAAAGCGACGACAAGCAUGCUAUGCAAAAUCUAAUCGUGCCUAAGACUUGCGUCAAAGGCCCGGAGCUUCAGCACUUCUUGGCGAGCCAGGGAUAUGCAAGUCGAAGCAGCCGAAGCAGCACUACGAUGCAAUCUGCCACGCACGCGAAGAUCCUGCAAACGCACUUCAGUGUCAUCGCUCUUUACAAGGUCAAGCCGGUCAAUCCCGAGGAGCAAGGACGCUUUGCUGUGGUACAAAGUGCUGUGCCGUGCAGCCUUCAGGCCAUGGACAGGACGACGGGCGAGACACAGAGGAGAGCUGUUUGGGAGACACUCAGCUCCUUACCGGAGUUGAGCAGACUCCUGACAGCGUUCCCUCUUUGUAUCCGCCAGUCGACCACAGAUAGAUUCACGGCGAACUAUAGGACGGAGGCUGGAUUGGGAGCGUGGCUCCCAGGUGUGCUGCUCUGCCAUUUACCGUGCGAUGCGCACAAGGCGGCCACGACAAUCAAGAACUGCUUGAAACCCGUCCAAUCAGACAUAUCAGGAGUCCUUAACACAGGACUCAUGAUGACAUCGGAUUUGGCCGUGGUCAAGAAGCUUCGAGACGUGUUCAUCGCCGUCUUGUGCGCAGAGUUGCAAGUGCACACUGAAGCUGCCCCGGAGAAUGCUGCCGAAUGUGAACGCUAUCGGCGUGAGUGCUUCGAGCUGUUCCUGCCCACGGAAGGGGUGCCCCCCGGGCAGGCAAAGUUGCAUGCCAAGCGACAAUUCAUUUUGCGGCAUUACUUUAACGGGGACCUGACCCACCCACGGGUCCAGCACCACUGCGUUCCUGGUUCAGGGUGUUGCCUUGGGCCCAACGAACGGUUGAUGUCCAUGUCGCAUUUCUUGGCAUGGUCGCUUGUGCCACACAAGUGCCCAGUCCUCAGCAGGAAGAACUGGAUAAAUCAACUGCCAGUUACCCGGCUGUUGUCAAUCUAUCUCGGCAAACCUUCGGUGGAGCCAGUGCAUCAAGAUGUUGAGGAUCAUGCACCUAGCCGCGAUGCAUGGUCUGACAUGAUACAGGAUGAGGUCGGUGCAGGCCCAGCUCCAGCUGGUCAAGCAGCAGCUGCAGCUGCAGCAAGCAGCAACCUCAGCAGCAAUCACCUUGAUGCAGCCGGCAACGAUGAGGUUGCUGACCCAGCAACUGCGUUCGCGUUGGAGAAUGCCAGACGUCGUGCUAGUGUACACGAAUAUGUGCAGAGUGAUCCCUUGCCCAGGCUUUGCAUCAUGCAACAAGUCCUGCAGCCAAUCCAUGAUUACUUGACAGAGAUGUUGGGGAGAAGUAGUGAGGCGUGGGAGCAGAAGCAGGCGGGCCUUGCUGCAGUGGGCAAGGAGAGAACUUACGUGAUCCUGGAAGACGCGAAAGGUGAGGCGGUGGCCACCACGAUGGUGAGGCUAUUGGAUGGCCUGCACCAGGAUGCCCGAGGCUUCCUUGGCCCAGUUGCCUGUGCAUUGCGAGCUUUGCUGUUUUGCAUGUCUUCUGCCACGAUGUGCUCCAUGCAUUCCUUGAUUCGCCUUUGCCACCAAGCUCUGCCUUAUCAGAUGUUCCGUCUUUUAGACGACCCUGCUGCUGCUGACAGGCUGCUUGACCUUCCGUCAUGCAUGCACGACCAGGUGUUUUCAGAACUGAAGAAGAAAUAUCCUUCACCGGAUCUUCUGUUGGGUGGAGAGGCGAGAGCGGUGAUCACAACGCUGGCGUGGUCUGCCAGCACAAACAUCGCCGAUUUGGAGGCCUCUCACAACUCCACACGUGACUUCUCAAUGAUCCGGUCACGUGGCUGGACCUGCUCCUUAGAAUCGGUCAGUGCACGGCACGUAUUGCAACACAAGCUUGGUUUGCUGGGUGCAACAAACACCCGUGGCAAGCGUCUUGAAGCGGUCAUGCUGAAGCGUUGCAUGGCCUCUCUGCACUGCAAGCUUCCAGGGGCCAGCCAAAAGAAGUCGAAACGACGGCGUGGUGGUGGUGGAGCUUGGAGGGCCUUCGUGUCCCACCAUGCUCAUGGAAAAAAGCUCACAGCGACCCUGGCUUCCCAUCUAAGCCAACUUUACCGAAACUUGGAUGACGACCAGAAGGCAUGGUUCGCAGAAGCAGGCAGAGCAGGUACACGAGCGCAUGCCCAUGGCCACAGGGCCUUUGGCGACCGUGCCCCUGUGCAGUCACUGCCUGGCGAGGCUUCCAGAGUCAAUCCAGAUGCCAUUGUUGCUCGUGACGUGGAACGUCAGGACGAUUUGAGCCUGGUCAGUUUGGGCUCCCCUUCUUUUGCUGAGCGAUACGAGCAGUUCAAAGAUUCUCUUCUAUCGAAGCCAGCCCAUGAGACUGAUGCUUUGGCCCUCACCAAAGCAGAAUCUGAAGCAGUGCAAGCGGUCGAGACAGAUUUGUCCAAACUCCCUGGCAGGGAUUUUUUGGACAGCGACGGCCAUGCCGAGCUUUUGAACGCUUUCCAAGGCUAUCCGAGCCAUUCUUCGUCUGAUCGACAAGACUCGGCCCCAACAGUGUUCUUCAAGUGGCUUGCUCCCAGCGAGAAGGUUGUGCAGGCCACGUUGCGAGAUGCUUCGGAUGCACAAGCAGUUCGAAGGCGGUACCAGCUGUCAACUGUGCUCAGUCGCUCCUGGAGCAACCGGUGCAGAGUCUUGCUGCAUGCGGAGCAGAAACCCAUUCUGCCAGCUGACCUUGUGGACGUGUUCAAGGAAAAGCCAUGUCUGAAGUACGGGGUAUGCGUUUGCGGUCAAUCAGACUCGUCAGUUCCAGAUGCUCUUCAUUGCUUUAACAGUGUGAAGCGCUGGAUGCAACCCGUGUUUGCAAAAGUGCGAAAAGUUGCCCCGAAGACAAGGGUCUUGAUGGACGGCCACCUCGUGGUCUUCUGCUUUGCUGCUGGUCCAGCGUGGGAAAUGGAGGAAGGUGGUGAAGUCGAGCGAGCCACGUUCGAUAAGCAGCACCCAAAAUCUGAGGAACAUUUCCUGCACAUCGGGCAUGUGAACUACAGCAGCUGGCAUUUCACAGCUGCCCAGCUCUCUGAUGAUUUGGGUCGUCUUGGGCUCGAGGGCUUGGUCGCCGAAGCUGACGAAGCCGGCACUUUGCAAUUGGGCAUGCUGCCGUCGCCUGAAGCUGGGCCAACGCAUGGCGUCAUGACAGAUCUUCAAUUCUUUCGGGGCUUGGACCUGGGCCUUGCGUGGAUGGUCACUGUCUAUUCAAUCUCGCUGGAUGAAGAUGACUGGCAACAUUGGGACACCUCCUGCAAAGUUGUGCCCAUCAAAGCAGUGGAGCCAUCCGUAGUCCCAUCUUGCUGGGUUUGGCGUGGGUCUGACUUUGAGAAGCACGAGCGGUCAGUUCGGCAGGGAAGGGGCGCAAAGCGAUUUGCCGAUACAGCUGCACCGUCAUCCGGAUCCAGGUCUUCUAAGCGGACGGCCAGAGAUCCUUCGAAACCUGCUGACGUCAUGAGGGGCGAUGAUAUCGACGAUGCCCUGGACUCGCUUCGUGAAGCACAGGUGCACACAGGUGAAGGUGGCGGGGCUGGAGGGCUUGAAGUGCCCUUGGAGCUCGAUCCAUAUGGCUGGUUUGAUGGCGGUGGUGCGCAGGGAGUCGAUGAUGAGCCAGGCCCAGAUGUUGGGCAGACUGCUGCUGGAACUGAGGAGUCGGACGAAUAUGACCACUUGCUCAAGAUCAUCGAAGAUAAGAUCUUCGAAGAUUUUUCUCCGUCCCACGCAGGUUCCGAUGCAGAGUUUGAUUGGGACGGCAACUUUUCCGUAGAAGAUGCUGCGGAUGCUGCAGAUCGUGUGGCUGAGCCUCCGGCUCAGCCUGUGGAGCCAAAUCCAGACCCCGAUGCCUUGCCAGAUGAACUUCCUGAUGCUGCAGCUGGGGCCGCUCGUGCUCCGGCAGCUCGAGACCGCCACGAGGAUUUUGACAAGACGGAAGUCGAAGUGCCAGGCUUCGGACGGCUGAGGUACUACAAGCAUCGUGAGCAGAAGCAGAUAAUUGCUGUUUGUGGGCUUCACAAAGACUGCCGCAUGAUGAGAAGCCUCACUCGCAAUCCCAAUGCGAGGCUGCCGGACACAUCACUAUUUGGGCAGGGUCGCCCCCUGGGAUUAGUCAUCGCAUGGCUCAAAUGCCAACAUGAGCACGCAACCCAGCGGGACCAUAUCCACAAGUUUCACGUCGACUUCCAGGCACGUCAGGAUGCCCGAGUUUGGUUUCUUGAAAAUGUACCAGAAGCUGCGCAGUGGGCUGACUUGGAGAGAGAACAAGCAGACGGGGAGGGGGAGGAGCCAACCAGAAUCCGCUAG